GAAUCCGCGGUUCUUUGAAGCACGUUAGAGCUAAUCGUGGAUCUGAAACGUGUGUUUCAGCGGACCUCGAUAUCUGGACAUUUCAGUUUAAUCUCACAGUUGAAGUCCAUCGUUCCUCGACUUUGGACAAAUUGCGCGAGUUUUUGUGGCUAAUUAUUUGGAAAGAAAUCAGUGUCAAUCAUGAGAAUCAUGGGAAGAUGGGCACAUCUUGCCGUUGCGGUUCUUACGACCGCACUUGUUGUGCCUUGUUAUGCUGAACCACCAGUCGGCUAUUUGCCACCAUCGACUAGCUAUGGAACUCCAAAUCUAUUAGGAGGAGGAGGUGGAGGUGGUGGUGGACCAUCUUCUUCGUAUGGAGCUCCCUCCGGGGGAGGUAGUUUCGGUGGUGGAAACUUUGGCGGCGGUCGGCCCUCAUCUAGCUAUGGAGCACCUGGAUUUGGAGGGGGUUCAAGCUCCGGAGGAUUCGGAGGGGGUUCAAGCUCUGGAGGAUUCGGAGGGGGUGGUUACUCAGCUCCAUCCUCUACCUACGGUGCUCCCUCUCCGAAUUAUGGUGCUCCUUCCAGGCCCUCUUCCAAUUACGGUGCUCCUGGAGGAUCUGGUGGAUUCGGAGGCGGUUUUGGUGGGGGUGCCUCCAGGCCCUCAUCUAGUUACGGUGCUCCUUCAUCCGGUGGAUUUGGAGGUGGCUACAGUGGUGGUGCCUCAAGACCCUCGUCUAACUACGGGGCACCUACCUCCGGUGGAUUUGGAGGUGGUUUCGGUGGUGGUGGCUCUAGGCCCUCAUCUAGCUACGGUGCACCGUCAUUCGGUGGAUCCGGAGGAUUCGGAGGUGGUUACAGCGGUGGCGGCUCAAGGCCCUCUUCCACCUACGGAGCUCCUUCAUCCGGUGGAUUUGGCGGUGGUUUCGGGGGUGGUGGACCAUCCCAAAGCUAUGGUGCCCCAUCGAGGCCAUCUCAGAAUUAUGGAGCUCCCUCAAUUGGUGGAUUCGGUGGUGGUUACAGUGGCGGAAGCAGCGGUGGCUCGUCAGGAUCAUACAGUGCACCAUCAUCUUCCUAUGGGGCACCAUCAAGCGGCGGGGGUGGCGGUGGUGGACAAGGCUAUGCCAGCAACGGUGGCUAUCAGUACUAAUAUCCCGGAACGUUCAUGUGGUGAAGCGAGUCAUACUGACCUCCAACUUGCUUCACUCGAUAUCCACAUGAAAAACCACGUGGUCACGUAUUUGUCA